ACUCAGUAACUCACAUUUUGUAUUGUUGUUUUUCCAGGGAAAUUUUUCAAAAUUAAAAGCUACCUGUGAUGUCAACGCUACAAAAGGAUUUCACAAUUCCUGGUGUGGCCUGCACAUCACAGGAAGACCAGGAAAACAUGACACUGAAAGUCACUUUGCUAAGUAGUGAGUGGAAAUCAUCCACUAAUGGGGAUUUGUCAACUAUCAACCGAGAGCUGGCCAUCCAGUUAGCUAAACACCCCAAUGUGGAUGUUAGUGUCUUGCUUCCAAAUUGCAGUGAAGCAGACAGGAGCAGUGCAGAAAGUCACAAUGUGAAGCUUGUUGAAGCAGAUAGAGUUCCUGGUUUUGAGCCAGUUCUUUGCCUGUCCUUUCCUCCAAGAGACCAUACAAUAGACUGUGUCAUUGGUCAUGGAGUUCACCUUGGCCGACCAAUUGCAUCCAUGAAGAGAAAUCCAGAUUACAGUCAUUGCAAAUGGAUUCAAGUUGUUCACUCUGCUCCUGAGGAAGAUGGAAUGUACAAAGACAUUUCAGAAGGUCAAAAAAUGCAACAAACAGAAAUCCAACUCUGUAAAAUGGCUGAUCAAGUUAUCACAAUUGGACCUAAGCUGGCAGAAGCUUACAAGUGUUACCUUUGUUCAGCUAAACAGGAGGAAAAAGUUUUUGACCUUACUCCAAGCAUUUUCUCUGAAUUUUUGGCAGUAGAGCAAGCCACUAAACAAAGAAGAACAUUCCGUAUUCUUGUAAUUGGAAGUGGUGACAGCUGUGAAGAUUUCAAUGUCAAAGGGUACGACAUAGCUGCCAAAGCAAUUGCCGAGUUGAAAGAUGAAUCAUACAAACUCAAGUUUGUCUGUGCAGCUGGAGGAAAAGGAGAUAUCGUAGCUGAAAAUUUGCUCCACCAUGGCAUUAGUCGUAAUCAGCUUAUUGUUUGCAGCUUUGAUGAUAACAGAGAAGUGCUGGCAAACUUAUUCUGUGAGGUAGAUCUUGCAAUAAUGCCAUCCAGGACGGAAGGUUUUGGAACAACAGCUCUGGAAGCAUUAUCUGCUGGUCUGCCUGUACUUGUCAGUGGUAAUUCAGGGCUUGGAGAAGCUCUGAAGAAAGUGCCUUUAGGCUCCCAGAGUGUGGUAGACUCUGAAGAUCCUAAAGAGUGGGCCAGAGAAAUAAAGCGUAUCCAUCAGAAAGAGAGAGACGUGCGACUUUCAGAGUCAAGACUUCUACGUGAAAAGUACUUGGAGAAGUAUAGUUGGGAGGAGCCUUGUAAGAGUCUAGUGAUAAAGAUGAAGAACCUUGUCUUUGGUAAAGCUCUACACAGCUCUCCAGACUGUGAAGAAACAGAGAGGAAUAAACAAGGAGAGUCUAUGCCAGGUCAGUAAACUUUACAUUGCAUGUUACAUUCAGGAAUACAGUAAUUAGACUCUAACUGUCAGGAGAAUUAUGAGGAACAAAUCAGUAAAUCAGGUGUGCAGCAGAAAAGUUC